GGGGAGAUUUGGCGCGCGCGCGGUGGUGCCGCUGCCUCGGAGGCGAGAGGGGAUCCCGGGUGUGCCGUUGACGGGGAACGCGGGACAGGUACAACUGUAGGUAGAGAAAUGUAAACUUGCAGUUCAUGCAGGAAACUUCCCCAGCAUCUAAUUCAAGCAGAGGUAAGAUAUACAAAUUGAAAAUGCCAUUUUUUGGGCAAAUUGUUGUUAUUAAGAGAAAUGGGACCGAUGGAACUCAUUUUCCGCUCACCGCAAGCUCUUGUUUGUUUGGAAGGGAAAAACAAUGUGAUAUUCGAAUCCAGCUUCCUCAAGUUUCUAAAGAACAUUGUAAAAUUGAAGUCAAUGAAAAUAAAGAGGCAGUGCUGUUUAACUUGAGUUCUGCAAAUCCAACACAGCUAAAUGGGAAUCACUUUCAAGAUCCCACACACUUAAAACAUGGAGAUAUACUUACAAUUAUUGAUCGUUCUUUCAGGUUUGAAUAUCCACCUCCCCCACUUCCUCAGAAGAGAUUUUCUAGAUCUCAAGAGAAGGAAACAUUACAGAUUCUUCAUGUUCAGCAUAUGCAACAGAUGGACUUGCUGCACCCACAAAACGAAGAUUACAAAAGUUCUCCGAUUACUGGCAAGAAAUGUGAAACUUGUUCUCCCAGAAGAAAUGAGAAGAAACUUCAAAAACAAUACAGCGACCCACCUGAAUUUAAGUACAAAAUGCACAGUAUUGAAAAAGCAAAUGAAUUGUCUCCUUUUAGCAAACUUUAUGAAUUAAUGAAACAUGAAGAUGGCACAGGCAAUGUAAAGGAAAAUACUGGUAAUGAGACCUUGCUGGAAGAUGUAUUUCACUCAAGAUCUAGGAGGUCUGCAAUGAAUCGAGCAAAGUUAACUAAAGUUGAACAAUCUGAAGAUAGUAAAAUUCAAGGAAAGCAUGGUGGUAUAGCAAGUCCAAUACCAACAUUCGAAAAGAAGAAAUCUGAAAAAUCAAGCACUCAAAAUUGUGAUAUGCAACAGAAACAAGAAUGUGAAGGUGCAAAUCAGUCAGAUUUUAAGAACAUAGAAGAGAAUGAAGUGGAAAAGUGUGCACAUUUUAAAGCCAAUCAGCAGAGCGCACAGCAUUUCCCUGAAUCAUGUAUACUGUCAUUGGAUUAUACAGAAAAGGCUAAAUGCCUUAACAAAUUUAACAUAACAGAUGCUUUCACAUCUAUAGAAAAUACUUUGCCCAAAGCAAAGCCUAGCCAGGAGAGUACUCAAAAUUAUUCCAGUCCAUGUUCUAGAAAGCCUCGAAGAUCUUCCAGGUCCAGAAGAACAGGGGUUGAAAGAGAUUCUCUGAACAAAAUGAAGAGCUCUGAAGAAAUGAAAGAGUGUCCCGUACAAGUUAGUGGGCAGGAGCAUGAGUCUGGUAUUUUGAUUGAAAAUAUAUCUUCUAAAACAAAUGAAAAUAGAGAACUGGUUACAGAAGCAGUGCUAAAUCUGAAAGAUUCAGAAGAUGGAAAUUCUAGUACUGAUUUCAGUUCACUUCAUCUUAAUACUAGUGAAAACUGCAAUAACAUUGAACUAAAUAAAAUUAUUUCAAAUGAAUAUUCUUGUACAGAGGCAAUAGAUAAAGAAUCGAUAAUCCCAGCAGAUCUUUCCCAAACCAGUGAAAUAAUGGCAAAUGAGAUUCCUGAAAAAAACUUGGAAACAAAGUGUCCUACAAAUGAAAAUAAAAUAGGAACAGAAAAGCAUGAGCAGAAUAUUAAUAUGAAAAACGAUAUAUCUACUUUUUCCAGUUCUUAUGAAAGCAGAGUGCAAACAUCAGCCAGGGUUAAUGCUGUCUCUGAAAUGAAUGCUUUAUGUCCACUUAAUAAAAAGUCAGAGGCUAAGAAAUCACCUCAAAAGCGUAGAGGUACAGAACUAGAUUUUCUAGUCCAAUCCCUUGGAAAGAGGAAGAGAGUUUCUUUUGGUGGUCAAUUGAGUCCUGAACUCUUUGAUAAGCGCUUACCUCCAAACUCGCCACUUAAAAAAGGAGCCAUUCCAGCGAGACUAAGUAUGCCAUUUGGAAACUCACCACGAGCAGUUCUGAAAAAAGCUGCAGAAUUAAGUCAGUCUGUAAUACAGGGUUCCUUUGAGAGAAAGCAAUAUGAAAAGAUUGUGUCAAGGCAAGCUGACUCACAUAGUGCACCCCAGAAGCAACAAUUCAUCUCUGAUCCUCAUGUUACAAGUCAGCCUUCAGAGAGUGAGGAAACCACUACACAAGAGAUGCCUAUGAAUAGCUUAUUCAGUGAAGUUAAAAAAACAGUAUCCAGCGCCACUUCAUCAUUAAGGAGCAAACCCUGUACUCCAAGAAGAAGUUCUACACGUGGAAAAAGUGGAGUUAUGGGUACUAUUCACUCCAAAAGACGAAGUGGUGCUUCUGAAGCCAACUUGAUGGUUGCGAAGUCUUGGGCAGAAGUAGUGAAACAAGGUAUUCCAAAACUGCAACUGAAGUCUGCUUCAAAACAGGGCUUUAAAACAAGAUCAGUGAAGAAAGUGGCUUCAAAAUCAUCAAAGAAGAACAGUUCAUUAAAAACACCUAAAAGAAAAAUCAGCGGUCACUUCACAACAGGACAUGCAAAUUCUCCUGCUCCAAUUGUGAUUGGAAAAGCUCAUACUGGAAUUUUGAAUAUAACUGCACAAGUUCCUAAGGUGGUGAUCAAUUAUCCUUUGAAAAAGCAUUGUGACCUCAAUGAAAGCUUUACAGGGUUGGCUGAAAUGUUCUGCAGUCCAUCGGAUGGAAAACAGAAAAGUUUUAUACCAGAAACUCAGAUAUCAGAAAUACAUUCAUCAGAAGUAUUUGAAAAAAAGUCUGUUUUGGAUGUUAAUAUUUCAAGCCAAAGAGCUCACAAUCAAGAUAUAAUAUCCCCAGCCUUGGAAGAAGUGUCACAAAUACCCAUUCAUGAUAAUUUAGUGGUAUCACUAAAUGAAAGAAAUAUAAUGGGAAUGGAAGAAGAAAAACUACAACAAGAAUCGGAGCCAGUCAGACAACUUUUGGAAAUUAAGAGGCUUUUGAAGACAACUAAGGAAAGGUCUGAACCUCCUGAAGUACUUUCAGGAGUCAAGAGGCUCUUGAAGACACCUAAGCAAAA